AUGCACAGCAUAAAAAGGAAAAACAAUCAUAAAACACGUAAAGUAAAAAGACAAAUUAAACAAGAAAAAGGAGUAGAAAACACGGUAAAGGAAAGCUUGAAACCAAAUACACCUGCAAUAAAAAAUGUUGAUGGUAGUAUAAAUAAUGAAAAAUACAUGAAAAAAAUAAAUCAAAAAAACAAGAAGAAUAUUGAUUUUUUUGACGAAGUGCAAAGAUUACUUAGAAAUUCAAAUUACGACAAAAAAAAUUUAGAGCAAAAAAUAGAAAUAGCCUGGUUAGAUGUUAAACCAAAUUUUGUAAGUUUUAUAAGGCAGAAAAGCAUGUACAAUAAGAUUUCUGUUUUGUUUAACAAGGGAAAUAUGAAUACAAAAUAUGAUAUUGUAAAAGCUACACUAAAUAAUAUUUAUGACAUUAGUUGCCAUGAACAUUCUAAACGAUUUAUUUUAACUGUUGCUAAAGACAAUAAAAAAUUUUUAGUUUCAAUUAUAAAAAAAAUAACUCUGCUUAGUAGAAAGUUAGUUAGUAAUAGAAAUGGAUUGUUUAUUCUGGAUGAAAUAUAUAAAAUUAGUAAUAGAAAAAGCAGAAAAGAAAUGAUUUAUAAUAUUUUAUAUUUUUCAGAUAAAAUACAAGACAAUUCAGAUUUACAAGACUUUGAAAAAGAGGAUUUGUCUGACAACAACAUAAAUACUAAUGAAGAUCUGUUAUUGGAUGCAGAAAACGAUAAUGGUUGUAUUAACAAAGAUAAUAUUGCACAUUUUGAUGCAGAACACAUUUGUAACGGCGAUACUACUGUUUCAAAAAAUGUUGAUUGUUCAUGUACACCCGAUAUUUUAGAACGGAAUAAAGCUUUAAACACUGGGCUUAUAAAGAAGUUAUCAAGCAAAAGGCUUUGGAAAUAUAUAUUUACACAUGAUUUACUUUGUGAAUAUUUAAAAGCUUAUCCUAAAGAUACACAAUAUAUUCUUGAUUUAUUAAUAAGAAACAAACAAAUGAAUUUACUUCUUUGCACUUAUAAAGGUCUUGAAGCUUGUCUUUUUAUUCUUUCUAUUGACAAUGUAUCAGAAAUAUUAAGAAUACUGACUAAAAAUUUUAUGGAUGUAGUAAAUAAUGAAUAUGGUUCUAUAUUUAUAUUAAAGAUAUUAGAACUUAACAGAAGUAUAGAGAAAAUAAUUGACAUUUACGUUGAAAAUUACAGAGACAUUUUUAUUAAUGAGGUUAGUAUUUUACCUCUUAUUUAUAUUUUUAAUCAAGAGAAAAAAUAUUUUCCUACUUUAUUUAAUCAAUUGCGAGAAAAAGAUUUAAUUAAUACAAACAAGAAUUAUUUGCUUAGUAAAUUUAAAAGUAUAAUUAUUGAAAAUUUAACUGUUUUUAUGAAUACCUUUUCUUGGAUUUUGGUAUAUUUUUUUUGUAAAAAAGAUAACGAUGUAAAAAAACAAGUUUGUAAACUUUUAAAUUCUGACAAUUACAUUAAAAAUGAAUUUAGCGAGAAGUUGAAAAAGAAAAUGAUAAAAUAUAAGUUAUUUAAAUAA